AUGGAAAGAGGAGAAGAUUGGAUAGAUAAUGGAAUAAAAGAGAAAAAAGAAGAAAAUAUAGAGUUAGGAAAUGAAAAAAACGAAAAUGAUAUUUUGGAGAGAAAAACUGAUAUUAAACAUGAUUAUAGGGCAAGCAAUUCAGAUCCCGAUGAGGAAACAAAUUUGGUUGCAUGCCGAACGGAUGCAUAUGUUUGGGAUCAUAAAUUGAGCCAGGAAGCUGGCAUUUAUAACACCGGGGGGGUUGUAGCUGUGCAAGCUGACAGUGGAUACUCACCCGAGAUAGCCAUUGGUGUGACACAACUGGAAAUUGAGCCUUUGAACCAUGCAGAAGUUCAAGUUUACCUGACAAUGCCGAGUGUAUUGGAGAUCAGGAAUCUGUGCUGUCAGACGAUUGCAAUUGAGGCUACGGAUGUCUAUACACAGACCCUGCACGAGUCAGUCGUAAGUCCGGUGAUUGUAGCAGAGCGUGCGACGUCACAAUCUGUCAGAGCUUUGCCAAAACAAGUUGCAGUUGAGGUACACGAUGACUGGGUCGCCUAUCCCAUGAGUCAAUUCGAAUGCAGCAGUCAAACAGAGCUAGACCUCGAAGUGCCUGUUUUAGACAAGCAGUUC